GGGGGCGAUGUAGCGGGAGUCUGAGCGGGCGGCGGCCCCGGCUGCGUCAGAGAUGUGUAAACACCGCCGCGGUGCCCGCCGCUAUUUAAGGGGCCGAGGCUGAAUCUCCCCUGACUUCCCUGCCUGGGCACACACGGGACUCGCUUCGCUACUCCCAACUCGAGUCGGACCUUGGGAAACCGCAGCGGAAAGCAAUGUACAGUGGUAUUUGCAUCUGUGUGUUCCUGGCUGUGCUCUCGGUGAGCUGUUUCGGACAGCAAACCGUGGGCUCGCACAAUGGGAAUCCACUGGCUGCUGAGCUUGAGCAGAGCUUGACAGAACAUCACCGGCAUAUCCGCGCCCCUUCGUCCACUGGGCCGCUGAAAUCCAUGGCACGGCUGGAUGGAAGCAUCGACCAAAGAGCCAACAUUGGUGCCUUGCUGGCCAAGUAUCUCCAGCAAGCCAGAAAAGGUUCCACUGGAAGACUCUCAGUUAUGGGAAACAGGGUACAGAGCAUUGAUCCUACUCACAGGAUAAAUGACAGAGACUACAUGGGCUGGAUGGAUUUUGGACGCCGCAGUGCUGAAGAAUACGAGUACUCUUCCUGAAGAACAGCAAACUAUAGUAACAGAAAAUCACACUCCCAUGUCUGUACAGAAAGAGAGAAAUCAAUUUGUUGUCCUCUUCAAAUCAGUGUUUUAAAAUAUUUGAAAUCAUGUAUCUGAUGUAAAUUUUUCUGUAUUUUCAAUGCAAUAUAUACAUAUGCAGAAUUUUCCAGAAAAUGUUUUCUUUCUUUUGUGGUUUCUCAUACAUUGAUACUAUAUUAAAAUGAUUUCACUUAUCCCUUCUUGUCCUGUCACUGCAUGUUGCUGGUGUCUUAUUAUAAAGAGAGGCAGGAAAAUGCCUUCAUUCUGCAAUGUAAAUAUAUUCCAUGUGUUGAGUAGUCAGACAUUAUCCCUUUUUCAGAGAAAUCUUGUGUCAGUCCCAGUAGCUUUGAACUCUAGGGAACUUGUUCAAAUAUAAACACAGCAGCACAGUACUGCCAGAAGAGACCAGCUAAAUUCAUGGCAACCCCAUUUGAAAAGGACUGAGUUACACACUAACCCACAUGUUUGUAGUGAAUAGCCAACAGUGCUGAAACUAAAAGAAAAAGAGGAAUUACACCAACAUGUUUCAUCUUCUUGGCUUAUUUAUUUUCUAUUGUGAACUCAAUGUGAAAGUUCUGCUGAUGGCUGCGAAUCACAGAAUAAACAGACCAUUUUCUG